GAACUAACUUUGUAAAGUCGCAUGUGUUUGUUGACAUCGGAAACUUAAACUUACUGUUUCUGAUAGUGGCUGUAAGUGUAAAAUAAAUCUACAUCUAGAAUCUAGGAUCCAGUAGUUUAUACUUUAUAAUAUCACAUUAUAUCAAUAGCGUUGUGUGAAAAGCAAAUUUAAAAGAUGCCAAAGAGGAAACUUCACCAGAGUGAAGUUAAAAAGGAAACUGCCAACUUAGAAGAGAAAAGAGUGCAAUGCGUGUUCAAAUCUGAAAGUGGUGAAACAGAUGGCUCACCAUUUGAGUUGCCUACAGAUAUCACCAAAGAUAAACUUCAGUUAAUCUGUGAUGCAGUUAUUGCAAAUGAGGACAAAGUUCCGUACGCUUUUUUCGUCAAUGGUGUCGAGAUAACAGAGACGCUGCUGAAAGCUGUGGGGGAGGAUGUGAUCACCAAGACAGAGUCGGCGCUAGAGAUUGUCUACCAGCCACAGGCCGUGUUUAAGGUCAGGGCCGUCACACGAUGCACCAGCUCCCUCGAGGGCCAUGCUGAUGCUGUUUUAUUUGUAGCAUUCAGUCCGGAUGGAAGGCAUUUAGCCAGUGGUUCAGGUGAUACAACAGUUAGAUUCUGGGAUAUAAACACAGAGACACCAGAACACAGAUGUAAAGGUCACCAACAUUGGGUCUUAUGUCUUGCCUGGUCUCCAGAUGGUAGAAAACUAGCUUCUGGCUGUAAAGGUGGUAAGGUGUGCUUGUGGAACCCACAGACAGGUAAACAGAUAUCUCGAGCUCUGACUGGCCACUCAGAUUACAUUUCUACAUUAGCAUGGAAACCAUUACAUUUAGAUGCUGAAUGUAGGUUCCUAGCAAGUUCCUCAAAAGAUCGGACAGUCAGAAUUUGGGAUGUGAUGACAUUUAAAACACAUUUGAUUAUAUCAGGACACAGUGCACAUAUAUCAUAUGUCAAAUGGGGAGGGUCUGAUUUAUUGUAUACAGCCUCACAUGAUAGGACGAUAAAAGUAUGGCGAGCCACUGAUGGUGUUUUCUGUCGGAAUCUUGAAGGUCAUGGUCAUUGGGUAAACACACUAGCACUGAGCACAGAUUAUGUGAUGAGGACGGGAGCAUUUGAUCCUGCCAAUGCCAAGAUAGUUCAUGAACAGAACACAGACUCUGCUGAAGAGCUCUCUAAAAAAGCUAAAGAUAGGUACACAGCAACACUAGCCAUUGGUGGUACACAGGGAGGUGCGGAGAGGCUAGUAUCAGGCUCCGAUGACUCCACCAUGUACCUGUGGAAACCAGAGGACAGCAAAAAGCCUGUGGCCAGGAUGACUGGACACCAGAAGCCAAUCAAUGAGGUCAAAUUUUCACCAGACUCUAGACUGAUAGCCUCGGCAUCUUUUGACAAAUUUGUUAAACUUUGGGACGGCUUUACAGGAGCGUUUGUUGCAACAUUAAGAGGCCACGUCAAUAUGGUGUACCAAGUGUCAUGGUCAGCUGAUAGCCGUCUCUUGGUCAGUGGGAGCAAAGACUCAACGCUCAAAGUGUGGAAAGUUCAAGACAGAAGCAUUCUUUUAGAUCUGCCAGGGCAUGCUGAUGAGGUCUUUGCAGUUGAUUGGAGUCCAGAUGGUCAGCGUGUGGUCAGUGGGGGCAAAGAUAAAGUUUUAAAGAUAUGGCGAGCUUAAUGAAAUGUAAAAAUAGAUUUUGGUUCCUGUAAAAAAUAAAAUUUAAAAAAUAAAUUUUUUUUAAUGCAA